ACAGUAACGCCGGCAACUUUCUCCACAGGGGCGCUUACCUUGCCCAUCACGACACACAGAGACAUCAGCAUCAAUCCUCAUGAUGUCUUGCUCAGUCACCACUUGCUAGUCUUGGGCUCCCUGCCGGACUGCUCUGCAGACGCUCUCUCGACACGCUUUCCAGCUUACGAUAACCGAUAACAAACGACGCGAAUGCCCUCAAUCGUGAUUCUGCUGAGCCAGCGAUUACGACGGGACAUCGGCAGACACGGUCAAUGUUGGCGCAGGGAUUGAUUCUGCGGAAUCAACUUCACAAUGGAGGACAAUAAGGACAUGCUGGCCCCACCAGUUGUGUCGCAGUUGCGUGCACAAGCUGGUGGUUUGAUGGAGCGCUCCCUCAGUGCAGCUAUUCGGGAGGAGAGAGAGGACUUGCGGGAGGCUGCUGAACAGACUCUCAAUGUGAUCAUGGACUUGAGUCUCGAUGGCACCAUCAGAUGGGUUAGCCCCUCAUGGACCGACGUUAUCGGGACAACCUUCGAGUCAGUCCAGGGAAAAGCAAUCAAAGACCUUCUAGUCAGCGACAACAAGGAAGUCUUUGCGGAGGUUGUCGAGUCGAUGAAGAAGGAUGAUUCGAGGAGUCAGAUAGUACGGUUCUCGGUGCAAUUAGGCCCUGCUUCUAAGUUGGCGCCUCUUCAGAUGCCAGAUCAGCUCAUGGCUGAGGGCGAUGAAGAGGCUGCUGCUCCAGACGAACCUCUCACCAUUGACCUGGAAGGACAAGGCAUCAUGGUCUACGACCGAUCAUCUGGCGGAGAAAGUCACACUAUGUGGAGUUUUCGACCUUGGAUAGCACCGCGUGAGAUCCAAAUUGACCUGCCAGCCGUCAUUGUCGAUUCUCUAGGAUCUGGUGCCGAGGUCCUUGCCAGCUACCUCACUACAUUGGCUGAGACUGGCUUGGACGACCCUCAGAAUCAUGCUCCACCUCUGCCAGUCCUGUGUCGUAUCUGUGAACGCCAGAUUCCCCCUUGGUGGUUCGAGAAACACACCGAGCUCUGUUUGCAGGAACACAAGGCCGAGAUGGAGGUUCAGAUGUGCCACGAAAAUCUGAUUGAGCACCGUCACGCAAUAGUCAAGGUCCUCGACGCUCUUGAAGCCCGGAAAGCCCGGCCUACUUCUGGUGACCAGGCUAUCUUGACUCCUCCACAAGCAGAGUACAAAGGUAUGCCCAUUGGACCAAACUCCGCGACAUCCUCAUCUUCCUCUGGCACUGCAUCUCCAGGUACACCCGAGGGUAGAUCUAGAGACACAUCCAGAACUGGCUUCGGGCAUGCUCGAGCACGAUCAUUCGCGGUCCGACGACCCCAGGCCAGAAUCGUAGAACUGCUGCUGGACUUGUGCGAUACCUCUAUCGAAAUCAAUACACCUGCUAUCAAGGAAGCACCAUCGCAAGCUCCUGGCGAGUUUCGCACGCAAUCUCCACAGUCCGAAUCACGAAUUUCUCAGGUUAUGCAAUGGUCAUCUCCCAGUACUAACACACUGGAGCAAGAGCAGGGUCUAGCUUUGCUUUGUGCUGACAGCGAGAGAGCAGCCAAGGCGAAAGUCGAAGCCGUUCUUCGUCACCGCAGAAUCAUCGAAUACUCCGAACGCAUCCGUAUCGAAUUCUCGGUGAUUGUACAAGAUUGCAUUGAUGAGGCUGUACGGAAAGCUACCAAAAUCGCUGCAGGUCACCUCACUGAUUCCGAGGAUGAUGAGGAGAGAACUCCAGCUCACGAGGAUGGCUUCUUCAGUGGAUCUUUCGAUGGGCCAUCUUCUCUCGCAAUGGCACUCCGGGAAGCUGAAAUGGGCCGAGCUGGUGAUAGGCGAUCGUCAUCCACUGCUGUGUCAACACGCUCGAGUAGCCCAAAAGAGUGUCCCACACCACGAUCUCAUACAGGUCAUCAGAGCAUUCUCUCGCAAUCUCAAGACUCCCGCCGUCAAUCCUUGUUUUUUGAGAGCGAUGCUGGUGACAACAGUGAUGGCAGUAUUAGAUCCUCUUCAGUUAUGUCCCGUCCUGCUCGGACCGAGUCUCCAGUAUCCGAGUUUGGUGAUCUGCGACGAGCAGCAAGCUCUCGACAACGCCAUAGACGAAGUCUCAUUCUUCCAGGUGCCGUCUCGCCUCGCAGACAAGAGUCGCCUGUCCGCAUGCCUCAACCAUCAUCUCCUCUGAGAAUCGCCAAACCUCGCGCGCUGCCCAUUCAUGAAGGCAUCGUGUCUCCUACAGCUUCUCCAAUGCUACCUGGUAGCGAGUUCAGCUCACCUGCGUUGGUCCCUAGCCACCACAGACGACAGUCAUCAGCUGCAGGAUCCGAUCCAUCACGUCCACCACCAUCACCUCGCCUGACAUCUGUUAAUGCCCCACAAGCUCGAGCUGUACCACCAUCCAUCAAAGACUUCGAGAUCAUCAAGCCAAUUAGCAAAGGUGCUUUCGGGAGUGUUUACCUCGCUAAGAAGAAAUCUACUGGCGACUAUUAUGCUAUCAAAGUCCUAAAGAAAGCAGACAUGGUUGCUAAGAAUCAGGUUACAAAUGUCAAGGCCGAGCGAGCUAUCAUGAUGUGGCAAGGUGAAAGUGACUUCGUUGCCAAAUUGUACUGGACUUUCUCCAGCAAAGAUUACCUCUAUCUGGUCAUGGAGUAUCUUAACGGAGGAGAUUGUGCUUCCCUCAUCAAGGUUCUUGGUGGUCUUCCAGAAGAUUGGGCAAAGAAAUAUCUUGGUGAAGUUAUCUUGGGCGUGGAGCAUCUCCACAAUCGAGGUAUCGUUCAUCGAGAUUUGAAGCCCGAUAACCUUCUCAUUGAUCAGAAAGGCCAUCUGAAACUUACUGAUUUCGGUCUUUCAAGAAUGGGUUUGAUCGGCCGACAGAAGCGUGUUCUCAAUAGCCAAACCAACGAAUCUGCUCCAGACCUUCUCAAAUCAGGCCCGUUUGCCCGAACAACAUCGAUCAGCUCAUCACGUUCGACAUCCUUUGACUUCCAAGGUCACCACUCACCUGGCUCGACUCCACAGAUGACCCCUGAUCUUGCUGCAAGCUUAUCUACGCCGUCAUAUUUCAAUCUCAGCCGAGAGUCCACACUCAACAAGGAAGCCCGGCGAGCUUCAGGUCGCAGCGAUAGCGGUGGAAGUGAAGCGUUGAAUCAGAUGUUUAGCAGCUUUUCCUUGAAUGAAUCCGCUGGGCAACAAAUGGCCGCACGAAAGUCUCCUAUCGAAGAGAUGAGUGAGAAUGAAGGCAGUGGUUCCCCAGACCUCAUUUCGCUCAACCAUGUCACCAGCCACUCCAGUUCCGAACAGAGAAACACGCCUCCACAGACGAGUAUGAUGCCUCCUCCAAUGGCUCUCUUCGACCCUGAUGACAGUAAUCGUCGAUUCGUGGGAACACCUGACUAUCUAGCUCCUGAGACUGUCAACGGUGUCGGUCAGGAUGAGAUGAGCGAUUGGUGGUCUGUGGGCUGCAUCUUGUUUGAGUUCCUAUACGGAUAUCCCCCUUUCCAUGCAGGAACUCCCGACGAAGUGUUUGAGAACAUUCUUGCUCGGCGUAUCUCGUGGCCGGAUGAUAACGAUUUCGAAGUUUCUGCCGAAGCAAAAGAUCUGAUGAACAAGCUUCUGUGUCUUGAUCCACGAGGUCGAAUUGGUGCCAAUACCGACGAAAAGUUCUCAUGCGGCGGGGAAGAGAUCCGAAACCAUCCAUGGUUCGAAGGUGUCAACUGGGGAAAGCUUCUUGAGGACGAUGCGCAGUUCGUUCCAGCUCCGGAAAAUCCUGAAGAUACCGAAUAUUUCGACUCUCGUGGUGCUACCUUGCAAUCUUUUGCAGAAGAGAUUGAAGAUGCAACUUCACCUCCCUCGACGGCGGGUACGGAAUAUCACGAUCGCCCACACGAUGCACUGUCUCGAGUGAGGUCUCAAGUAAAUUCGAUCAAGCGAGGUUUGAUGCCGUUGCAUAUUCCGCCACACGUGCGCGACAUGAAGAGUCGCAGGCUCAGCGAGCCGGUAGUGGCCGAUGACUUCGGUAACUUUGCUUUCAAGAACUUACCAGUUCUAGAAAAGGCAAACAAAGAUGUGAUUCAAAAGCUUCGAGCAGAAGCUAUGGCUGCUCAGAGCAAGAAUACUACGCCUGUCAGUCCCGUCGCCGGACCGAGUGGUGCUUUAUCUCCAGGGCCCACGUUGGAAGGCAGCCCGAUAUUGCCAAUGCCUAUCCAGAGAACCUUGUCGAAUGCUAAGGCUUCUCAGCGACCAUCAUCUCCCUCUGGACUGAGCCAAUCGAAUUCAUCUCCUAGUCGAGCUUCGCAACCGUCAUCGCCUCUGCUCGUUUCGUUUGUUGCAGGCCAGAAUGGCGAGGGACGACGCAAGACUUCGAGCAAUUCUUCAAGUUUGUCACACCAAUCGAGCAACUCAUUGGCACCUGGAAGCUUUUUCGAAGUUCCUCGUAUGCCAGCCAGUCUUCAGAAAGCCGUUUCAGCUGUGUCGUCGCCUAUCAAAGGUAGAGGUGCUACACCUGCACCCUUAGCCUUGUCACCACAGAAGAUCUCGACGCCCAGACAAGCAAGUGGCUCGUCCAAUCGUGCUCGAUCACAAACUGUUGGAUCUCAAGAAGGAAGCCCAAUCCCGGCAGACUUGUUUUCGCAUCGCAAGCGACGAAGCCAGGUCUUCGAUAUGUCACCAUCUUCUUCUGAUAACGAGGGCGACAAGGCAAAUGCUCUUCUACGUGUUCAACGACGACGUCAAAGCUCUCGGCGAAUGUCACAGAUCACUCUUGCUGAUGGUCCCGCAUUCCGUCCGCUCGAUGUUCUCAUUUGUGAAGAUCAUCCGGUCUCUCGAAUGGUCAUGGAAAAGCUGCUGGAGAAGCUGCGUUGUCGCACGAUUACGGUUGCAAACGGAGCUGAAGCCAUGCGAUAUGCUAUGAGUGAAAUCAAAUUUGACAUCAUCAUGAUGGAGUUCAAAUUGCCUCAAAUCAACGGAGCUGAUGUCGCACGCAUGAUUCGAGAUACUAAGAAUGCCAACAUGCAUACUCCUAUUGUUGCUGUUACUGGCUACCUCAAGGAGCUUCAAACACCUCAUCACUUUGAUGCCUUGAUUGAGAAACCUCCAACCACAUCUAAGCUUAGCGAGACAAUGUGUCGACUUUGUCAGUGGAAGGCUCCACCUGCUGGUCAGAACACAUCCAAUCCUAUCGGCUAUCCACAACCAUCUGGUCUGAGACAAGAAAGCCUAAGACUUGAAGAUAGUCCGACAUCCGGCUCAUCAGGGUAUGCACACAUGCCGGGCAGCAGCUUUAGAGGAUCAAGCCGUGAGGAUUCUAUCAGCUCCAGCAUGUUUGGCGAUAACGAGUCUUUCAUGAACGAAGAUAUUCCAGUGGUCAUCAGUCGCAAGGCUACGGGCGACUGGGACGAGAACUCUGGUUUAGGAAUCAGCAACGAGGAGGCUAUCCUCGACUCUCGCGACCUCCCGAAAUCACUUCCACCCCAUUUGCUCCACGAAGAGUCUGCUCCGGGACGAAUGGAAGUUGUGCAUAAAUUGCCCAUCAGACAACGAUCAACUGAGAAGAUGAAGGCCAAGCGAGAGUCGAUGGAGAAGCAUCGACAUGAAUGCGCUGAGUCUGGUGACGAUGAAGACGAGGAGCUUGGUGACGUAUGUGUUCGCGAGAAGUCAAGUCCAAGAAGCGUCGCAAAGACUCAUCGUGGUUCUAAGCUUGGUACGGAGAUGAUGCGUACAAACAGUCGAGGAAGCGUGGUAUCAAGUUCGGAUGUUGGUGCCAGUGCUGACACUAUUGAGCCACCACCAACUGUAGUCGAAGAACUUCCUGCAGCAUCGGAGAUCACUGGUGCGAGUCUGACCCCACCAGAAGUCUUCCACUCUCCCGGCUCCAAAAUUUCAGAAAUUGACCUUCUCGAAACUCCAAGACCGGCAUCUUCUCAAAUCGAUCCUAUGGACGAAGAACCAACCCCGCGAGCACCAUCGGUGGUCUCCAAUCCUGGAGAUUACAUCAUGCAUCGCAAUAAUAGCCAAGAUAAACGAUAAAGGCACCCCACUCACUCAUUUAUUUUAUAUCAAAUUUGUCAGAAAAGCGCCAAUUUGGCCCUCAUCUUAUUUCCUUGAAGUUACGACAGCGCGGCGUUCACGGAGCGAAACUGA